AUGGGUCAGAUCCAGUACUCCGAGAAGUACUUCGAUGACACUUAUGAGUACAGGCACGUGGUUCUUCCACCAGAAGUGGCCAAACUACUUCCCAAGAACCGCCUUCUCUCCGAAACGAAUCAACGUCAAUUGAGUACUCAUUUUCUGUUGAUAAUCCGCCCUCAGAUUAUUUGUUGGGCUAUCAAAGCAAUCUUGAUGUCCCGCAAUGCUAUUGUUGCCACUGGCUUAUUGGCUUUUGCAUCCGCAGGCUUGGCGUUUCCCUUUUACAUAGCAUCCAGGUCAUCAAGAACACCUGUGAUAGAUUCAUCAAAGCCACUGCCACCUCAAGCAACUUUCCGAGGACCUUACAUUAAUACCGGUUCACGUGAUGUUGGGCCUGACCAUCAAACUUAUACAAAAAAGUAA